ACCUCGUACAGCGGACCUGGAACUCCAUAAGUGAGAAACUCUGGAAAUUGGAUGCCCUGUGACCAGAGACAUUCUGGCACGCUUUCGCCUCGAACCCGUUCCGAGUUCACUUGUAGUGAGUGCUGGACACAAAUAUAAAAUUACACUACAAGGUACAUUUCAAUGUAUACGUGUUGACAGUACUGACACCUGGGCUGUGCUGGUCUUCAUGUGCGUAUGAUCGCCAGGUUUGCACAGACACUGGAAAGUCUUCGGGGCAAAGACUGGCUUCGAGAAAUCGGCUAUCCGAGACUCGAAAUCACCUUAACAAAUAACCCGCAGUCAGGGGUCCCUCCCGCCGCCCAGUCUCGGAGAGAGAGAGAGAGAGAGAGAGAGAGGGAGGGAGAGAGACGACCAAAAAAAGAGAGCUCCAAGCUCCACCGCAUUGCCAUACCCAUACCCAUACCCAUACCCAUACCAUACUUACCCCAUACCCUUGCAGAGGCAACCUUGGUACCGUGGAUCGCAGGCAGCGCGCCGUCGCGACAGCCCAGCAUCGCAUAUUCCUGUCUCUGUACAACUCGAGAUCUUGAGACAUACUACACUCGUUUGACACCUAAACUGGGCAAUCGGCAAAGACGCGCGCUUGUCAUACUAUUUUGCGCGCGUCUUCUAUGUUCUCCGCGCAAAGUUCCGUUGCUCCCUCCCUCCCUUCCCGGGUCUUUCGCCUCUCAAUCCUAUGACACACACUGCCUUCGACUGCCUGGCCUGCGCAGCAUUCCCUUCCUCUGUAUUACAGCCGCCUCAAAGAGGCUUGGAUCUUUGCAUGAGGCAGCCUGUACCUGCCUCUUACUCUUGUCGGUCAAACCUGAUGUCGGCAUUGCUGUAAAGCGACACUUCAAAGAUCUUGUAUUUCCGUUCUUACUCCAGAUGCCUUGGUUGCGACGCCGGUGUUAUUCCCCCUGUCUCUCCCACCCCUCACUUUCUGCUGUCCCUGGCAGCGCCCCUAGCCAUGGAGACGACAUGGCAAGACCCCGAGCUCGUAAGUGAAAUUCGCAGAUUCUUGCACGAACCGUUUAUACUCAUAACUCUGGUUCGCAGCGCUUCUUGCUGGGCGAGAUGAUCAAGGCAAGUCCCAUAGACGUAUCGGUUCUGGCAGAGUUCAUUAGGGCGAAUAAUAUCGAGCAAAACUGGAUGAACAUGCAGCUUCCUAUCGGUAUGUACUUCGUGUACUAUAUAAUCGGUGACCCGUACGGAGAUCUAAUGGU